UAUGGAAGGAGGAAACCAAGGACCUUACAACGUGGGAGAACCCACAGAGAAAAUUACUUUACACAUCUCAUGUCGUAAGUUAGCGGAUCUUGACAUUAUAACAGUGUCGGACCCUGUCUGUCAUGUAUACAUUGCAGAUAGUGACCAUCCUGAUGACUGGAUGCUAUAUGGUAAAACUGAACAAAUUGAAAACAACCUUAAUCCUGACUUCGUAACUUACUUCGAAAUGGAUUAUUACUUUGAGAAAAUUCAGAAAAUAAAAGUAGAAGUAUUCGAUGUAGAUGUCACCAGGCUAGAAAGGAUAGGGAAUUUUGAAACUACCUUGGGAGAGAUUAUGGGAAGCGUGAAUACCACUCUAACUGGUACACUUACUAUUCCUAACAAGAAAAAAUCUAGAGGGCAGAUAAUCCUUCGUACCGAAAAAGUGGCCACUAGCAAUGAUUUAAUCUACUUUUCACUUCGAAUAAACGACCUGGUUUCGAACAAAGGUUGGUUUUGAGGAAGUGACGAUCCCUUCAUUUUUAUUGAAAGAGCAAGAGAGAAUGACCAGGAAGAAUUUCUGAGAGUUAUUCAGACAGAGCCAAUUAGAAAUGAUCUAAACCCUACUUGGCGGUAUCUAAAGUAUGAAGCAAAAGAGAUAUGAAAUGGAGACUUACAAUGCCCUCUUAAAUUUAAAGUCUAUUCUUGGAGAAACAGUGGGCAUCAUAAGUUCUUUGGAGAAUUCGAAACUACAAUGUUAAGAAUCAGAAAUGGGGAUACUCAAUAUAACUUAUUCAAAGAUGGUGCCCAACAAAAAUCUAUCUGAUCGUUCGAAGAAUUUUUUAUUGAAGAAAGAGCUUCUUUCUUUGAUUUCUUGCAUUCAGGUUGGAAGAUGAAUCUUAUGGUCUGUGUUGACUUCACAGCAUCAAAUGGAGAAGUAACAGUGCCUAGCUCGCUUCAUUACCUCAACCCUACUGGAGAGUUUAAUGACUACCAAAAUGCAAUCAGACAAGUGGGAAAUAUCCUAGAGCUGUAUGAUUACAAUCGGCAAUAUCCUUGUUACGGAUUUGGAGGCAUCCCUCGGUACAGCGGAUCAAACCAAGUGUCUCAUUGCUUUCAUUUGAAUGGUCUUGAAGACCCCGAAGUAGAUGGGGUAAAUGGAAUUUUAGAAUCUUAUCAAUUUUCCCUUCUUAACUGCGGUCUAUAUGGCCCCACUAACUUCGGAGAAUGUAUGAGAAAAACUGUUGAUUACAUAAAAGAAAGAAUGGAUGAAAGAAUGUAUCACAUUCUACUGAUAUUGACAGAUGGAGAUAUCCAUGAUAUGCCAAUAACGAGGGAUAUCAUUGUUGAGGGAAGUCACUACCCUCUGAGUAUCAUCAUUAUUGGGCUUGGUGAGAGUUCAUUUGACAAAAUGAUUGAAUUAGACGGAGAUGAUGUUGUUCUGAAAAAUACUAGAGGAGAAGCAACAAGAAGAGACAUUGUUCAGUUUGUCAAAUUUAAUGAUUUCAGGCAUCUCAGCAAGCAAGCACUAGCAGAAGAAGUACUAGAAGAGGUUCCAGAGCAAGUUGUUUCAUAUUUAAGUCAAAAUAAUAUUAAGCUUGAUGAAGUUAAUUAAUAAUUUGAGUAAAUAAAGAAGGAUUCAAUUAAUUGUUUGAUUAUUG